AUGGCUCGUUCUAUCGCCCUGGCUGCCCUGCUUUACGCCCUUCCGAUCGCGGCCAAGACCGAUAUCGAGGGAUGUACUUCUUUCACCAGCACCGUCACUGUUGAUCCCUCGCCUGGUUAUGGGAACACCUACGAGACCGUCAUCUGGUACGUGCCAGACACUCUCGAGAUCUGCAAGGGAGUCGACUGUGGAGGAGGUCGAGCACCACCCAAGAGCAUCCCCGGUUGUCCCUUGUACAAGGGCACCGAGACUGUAACGGUCGAGUUCCUCAAACACUACCCUAUGUCUCCCAAGACUACAGCUGUGGCUCCCAAGACAGAGGCAUCUCUUGAGGAAACCAACUGGUCUACUGUCUCAUACACUGGAACAGAGGACUAUACCAUCACGGACGACUCCCCGUAUACCGGAAUCCUCUCUGCCACUGAGACUUUGAGCACCGAUGCUCAGCCCACCAAUACCCUCACUAGGUCCGAGACCGAGACUAAGAAGCCAGUCGAACCCAAGACCACAGCCAUGUUGACCAGGUCGUUUCAUAAUGAGACUAUGACUUCAACUGAAAGUUCUGAAGAGACUACAAAGGAGCAAAACCCUUCUGCCACUGUUGUCAACCCCGAUAGUGCUGCAGCUGGACUUGUUGUUAAGGCUGGGGGUGUACUUGCCGGAGUAGCUGGUGCUAUUGCCUUGGUUCUGUGA